AUGGGGCUGCUGAGAGGUAGCAGCCCCAGCUGUCAAGCUCCUCAUACCGCCAGUCACAAAAGCAGAGCGUUGCAACCCGCACCCUUCCGCAAAAAGAACUGUUUGUAUGGCUGCUAUGUCCACUCCUCCAUCAUUCCCACCUUCCACCGCCGCUGUUACUGGCUGCUACAGAACCCUGACAUUGUGCUGGUCCACUACCUGAACGUGCCCGCCAUAGAGGAUUGUGGGAAACCGUGCGGGCCCAUCCUGUGCUCCAUCAACACGGAUAAGAAAGAGUGGGCCAAAUGGACCAAGGAAGAACUCAUCGGGCAGCUCAAACCCAUGUUUCAUGGCAUCAAGUGGACUUGCAGCAACGGGAAUAGCAGCACUGGCUUCUCAGCAGAGCAGCUCGUGCAGCAAAUUCUGGACAGCCACCAGACCAAACCACCUCCCCGGACUCACAACUGCCUCUGCACGGGAAACCUGGGUGCUGGGAGCAGCCUGCAUCACAAAUGCAACAGUGCCAAACACCGUAUCAUCUCCCCAAAAGUGGACCCACGCACUGGAGGCGCCUACAGCAGCACCCACUCCGAGGUUCAGAACAACGACGUGUCAGAGGGAAAGACGGAGCACAGCCACGGUGGGGGCAAAAACGGCAGGGCAGGGGCAGACAGCGCCGGUGGAACGGGCGGCCGAGAGAAAAGGAACGGCAAGGUGCACAAGCCAGCACUGCUCCAUCAGAACAGUAUGGAGGUGUCCUCAUCCAACCAGGUGGAAGUGCCAGAUACCACCCAGAGCUCACCCGUCUCCAUUAGCAGUGGGCUAAACUCCGACCCCGAUAUGGCCGACAGUCCCGUGGUGACAGGAAUGGGCCAUGUAGCCUCGGUAAUGAGCAGCCUGUCUCAGUCCGCCAAUGUAUUCAUGUCAGACGUCUCUGGAGACCCUGUCUAUAGCAUGUCCCCGACUGUAGACCCCAACACUCACCUCCUGGGGCCCGACACAGCCUCAAGCAGUCUGGUGUUAGCAGUGGCAGCUGACAGUCACAAAUUUGCCUUUGCUGGAGCAGUUGGAGUGGGGUUAGCAGACGCAGGGUCCACAGACGGACUUGCUAUGCUGUCCACAGCCAGUGUGUCUGAAGAACUGUUGCUGUCUAGUAACCUGGAAUCUGGGAGUAUUAAGCUGCCUGAGACUAAUAUGAACUUUGACCCUGACUGCUUCCUCAACAACCCCAAGCAAGGUCAGACCUACGGAGGGAAUGGGCUGAAAACCGAGGACAGCAAUGGGAGCAGCUGCAGUAACGGAGGGUUGAAGUGUUCCCCGCCGCUCAACGACAACGGUUACAUCUUCAACACCUCUCUAGUGAAGAACAUCAAAACGGAGGACAUGUCAUUUGAACAGCAGCUGGCGAAAGAGAGUGGCUAUCAGGUUGGAGAAGGGGUGAACGGUGCUGUCAGUAUGUCCGGUUCCUCAAACGGCGGUUCGGCCCAAACCUCCCUGGCUCUGACUCCCACUGGUUCACUGUUGCCAUCUGGAGGUGGACUCAGUCCCAGCACUACCCUUGAGCAGAUGGAUUUCUGUGCAAUUGAUGCCAAGCAAGACUACCCAUCCAGUGUUAUGUCAGAGGCGGGCUACGGCCAGUCAAUCUCCAGCUCUCACCUGGCACACCAGAGUCACUCCCCCAGCUUCUUCCUGCAAGGUUCACCACAGUCCCAAACCCAGAACAACUCCAGUUCGACCCAGAACUCUCAUGACUCCAAUGUCUACAUGGGCCUGUCUGUCAUCAAGACGGACUCAACGGGAACUAAUGGGCAUCUCCACCACCAUCAUCAUACCCACCCCAGCCAGCGCACUGCCUCUAACUGCAACGGUGGCUCUCCAACCGAACGUAAUGGACCAGCUGGGUCGCUCCAGCUUCUGCAGUACCAGAACCGCUUUCCAACACCGUGUCAGGAGCAUGAGGAAGUGGGUGGUUUGGAACAGCCAAUAGGAGCAGAACAAGGAGAAGGAGGUGUUCAAGAGAAGGACUCGGAUGGUCUUAUGAAACCAGGGGAGCACUUGCAGACUGGUGAAGGAGGAGAAGCCGAGGGUGUAGGAGGCGCAGAGCACUACCUCCAGCAACCAACGGAAGGUGGUGGAGUCGGGCCGGGAUCUGGAGGAACGAGCGCGAGGGCAGAAAGUGGAAACCUGUGCAAUGACACCGAGGCAAGUGGAACCACCAAUCAACAGCUCCAGCCGCUCCUGCAAGGAGCCGGUUUGGUGCAGGGGCUUUUUAGCACCGUGGGCGCCCACCAGAGCCUGGGCAGUAGUGGAACCAACGGAGGGGGCUCCAUGGAGAUUAAUCUGGACCACUUUGACGUUUCCUUCGGGAAUCAGUUCUCAGAUCUCAUCAAUGACUUCAUUUCGGUAGAAGGUGGAAGCGGAACGGCGGUAGUGGCGGGCGCCAACGCUCUCUACAGCCAUCAGCUGAUGACCCAUUCGGGAACAGAGGGGCAGGUCUCCUCUGGAACUGCAGCACAACAAGGUGCAGACGAAGUAACUCAUGGGGCAAGGGGGUACAAUUCUGCAGACCUCUGUCUCCAGUCCUGUUGCAGCCCUCAGUCUACGCAGGCUGGGGCAGUGGCGGGUGAGGCAGGACAGCUGGCAUAUAUGCAGGUGGCCGAGGCCGUGUCGGCAGCUGUCGCGCAUGGAAACAUGGGAAUGUUACAGGCUACCGGAAGGCUGUUUGUGGUGACAGACUAUUCUCCAGAGUGGUCUUAUCCCGAGGUGAGUUUGUGA